AUGUUUUCAAAGUUUGACCAAUCGUUUGCCACAAUAGAGUUGAAGAGGGCCCCGUCGUCCCAGGGCAUGGCGAGCUGGCAGGGGUCAAAUACGCCCACCAUCAAGGUGAACAGCUUUGUAGGGAUCACCUGCAAAUCGAGACAUGGGUGUUUGUCCUGUCGGUCGAAACACAAAAAAUGCGACGAAGAGUACCCGAUCUGCGGAUUGUGUCGUAAGAGAAACGUAGAGUGUGCAUGGGGCAACAGAAGAAACGCCAAGGUGAAGCAAAAUGGCAUUUCAAAACCCCAGAAAUCGUCCAAAGAUACGAAGCUGAGCCAGCAACAGAACUAUAGUUCCAAUUCAAGAAUUACCGAAGCUCGUGGAGUGGAAGUGCCAUCUCCAUCGCCAAAAACCGAGCCCAUUAAGGAUGCUAAUAAUGAGGAGAUGUCUCUUUCGCCAUUCCUGGAACUUCCACAUAGUGAGGAUGAGACUCUGGCCAUCACAUACUCUCCAGGAAGACAGAAUCAGCUUCAAGAGAUUUUCCAGUUUUUGGAGCGGAAUCCGUCGUUUCCUUCGCCCUCGAGCUCAAGACUAGAGCUCUACGAGUCACUGCAUACAGAGCCCGAGAGAUUCACCACCAUGGACGAAUCUCAGGUGGUUGAGAACCAGAAUAUGACUGAUAAAGAGCUGUUGAAUCUCGCAAUCGAAGAGAUGAGGUCACCAGGGAGCUCUAUGCAUUGGAAGCCCUCCUUCCAUAUCUUAUUCCCAGAUACCCUCUAUACCACUCCCAAUAACUCAUUGUUGCAAGGGCUGGACGAGAAGGCGAUUUUGUGUCUUGAUCAUUACCGUUCCUACGUUGCAAGGAUGAUAUCUAUGAGCAUGGACGAAACCAACUUUUUCUUGAAAUAUUCCAUGCAACUGGCCUACUACGAUAAGGCCAUCCUCCAUGGAGUGGUUGCCUGGGGAGGCAUGUUUCUACUAGGAUCUGGUGAUGAUGAUUCCCGGUGGUACUUGGAAAGUGGACUAGCAAUGGCGAGAGAGAAGCUCACCAAAAAGAACCUGGCAACCUCGGAUUAUAUGCUGCUCUUUGCCUCGUACAUCAUUAGUGUUGGUGCCGAGAUAUCUACGGGAGAUGUCAAGAACUGGUACGGCAUAUUCCUUCAAUUCAAGAGCCUGUUGGAUUCGUAUGGUGGCAUAGUGAAGCUUUGUAAUGACCACAAGGGUUCCAACGAAGUGAAGUGGGUGAUUUCCAACUUCUUGUUCCAUGACGUGAUGGCUACCCAGGCCUGGAUCUCGGGAACUCUAUACCCCAUGGAGCAAUAUGAUCUCAUCUUCAAGCAAGCCAAAAUCCUGGAAUCGGACGGGUAUGGGCCCGAUCCUCUUCAGGGGUGUAUGCAAGAGCUUUCGCUGGUAGUUGGUGAAGUUGCGAACGAAAAAGCUCGUCUUUCUCGCUUGAAGUCAUGUGGUGGACUCAUGGAAUCAGACUCCACAGAAACCCACGAUUUUCUGGACAUUUUUGAUGCGGCAGAUGAGGCUUAUAAAGUCGAAAUGGAAGCUGCUUUUCACAGAAAUGAGGGCAGAAUUGCAUCUGCAAAGCCGUCUACUGCUCAAUUGCAACAUGUUGAUGAUGCCGAUUUGGUGCAGCUCCAUCUGGAGGUGUUUGAUCUGUACCAGAACUGUCUCAAUUUGUACAACCAAAUGGUAUUCAAAGAGUCUCAUCAUGGUGAUCUGGGGAUUCAGAUGAAAGUACAACAGUCCAUGAAAAGUCUUGGUCGGCUGGUUGGCUCGAAACUCCAGUCUUCGCUCUGUUGGCCGAUCCUCAUCACGGGACUUGCGUGUGUUACUGAGCAGGAUCGCAAUUACUUGAAAUUAUUGUACCAGAGACUUUCCACGGAGUAUCCAGUUCGGAAUGUCGAGAGAGCCUGGCACUUGCUGGUAAGGUGUUGGAGGACGGCUGCGAAGGAUGACAUAUUUGUGGACUGGUGUGAUGAAGUCCAAGUGCUAGGGUGGACUGUGUGUUUUUGCUAA